AUGAAAAUACUCCUAUCUAAACAACAAACUAGGAAGAUAGCGAUAGUCUCAGAGACACAUGGACUGGUAUUCAGACCAAUUGAUAACAAGACCUCUCGCAAAUCUACAUGUGCUGUAGAAUUUGUGGCAAAAGCGGACCUAAACGGACAUGACUUUAGAAGACUUUCCAGCCAUGAAAUAUUCGGCUUCAUUGGUCUCAUAGAAAUCGAAGGCCUCAUUUUUAUAGCGACAAUAACAGGGAAGUCUAAAGUGGCUCAGCCAAUUCCUAAUAAGACGGUCAACAAAAUAUAUGCAGUGGACUUCUUUUGUUUGAAUAAUUCUAGAUGGGAUUUCAUGGACAUCGAUUCUUCCGGCAAUCCAAUUCUUACCAAUGACGGCGACUUCGAAUCAAAUCCACGUCUUAAUGUUCCCAUACAAUCAUCUAGAUCAUCGCUUCACUCUUCUUCUUCAAGAAGUGUGAAUACCCAGGAUCAAGUUCCCAAGCACCCAUGCCAUGAAUUGAGAAAGUUAUUAUCCAAUGGGUCCUUCUAUUACAGCACUGAUUUUGAUUUGACUUGUACAUUGCAGAAACGUGGGUUCAGCGAACACUCUUUGAGUUUCGAUGAUUUUGAUAGAGAGUUUAUGUGGAACUCAUUUCUCAUGGAUAGAAUCAUCACAUACAGAGACAGACUAGAUGUUACGACUAAGGAACUUUUGGAUGAACAGGGAUUCCUCACAACCGUAAUUCGAGGGUUUGCCGAAACCAUUUUUAGCUAUAUAAAUAGGCUCAAAGUGGGGCUUACCAUCAUUUCCAGACAAAGUUGGAAAAGAGCAGGUACGAGGUUUAACGCUCGUGGUAUAGAUGAUGAAGGUCACGUAGCAAAUUUUGUCGAAACUGAAAUGAUCAUGUACUCUUCUCAGUAUUGCUAUGCUUUCACACAAAUAAGGGGAAGCAUUCCGGUUUUUUGGGAGCAAGAUACAUCAUUGAUAAGUCCAAAGAUUCAAAUAACCAGAUCUGUCGAAGCCACUCAGCCGACAUUUGAUGAACAUUUCAUGAGGUUAUUCAAAAAAUAUGGACCUAUUCAUAUAAUUAACUUGUUAUCUGCUAAAUCCUCAGAAGUCCAAUUAUCGAGGCGAUAUAAAGAGCAUCUGAAAAACUCUGGCAAAAUGAAGAUUGGUAGAGAUGUAUUUUUAACAGAUUUCGAUUUCCACAGAGAAACCUCUCAAGAUGGGUUUGCGGCGGCAAGUAAAAUUAUCCCCAAAAUAAGAAACACAAUCUUAGCAGCAGGCUAUUUUUCGUAUGAUGUGAAAGAAGGGCGCUUGAUAUCCGAACAGGAUGGUGUCUUUAGAACCAAUUGCUUGGACUGUCUAGAUAGAACCAAUCUGAUUCAACAGACGAUAUCUUUAACUGUAUUCAAAUUAUUUUUGAGUGAUUUCCGAUUAAUCAAACCUAAUAGCUUCAUUGAUGAUAACGAAUUUGUGCAAAAGGAAAACGUUCUAUGGGCUGAUCACGGAGAUCAAAUAUCACAAAUUUACACCGGUACAAAUGCCUUGAAAUCUUCCUAUUCUAGAAAAGGUAAAAUGUCAUUUUCUGGUGCUCUUUCGGAUGCCACGAAAUCUGUCAGUAGAAUGUAUAUCAACAACUUUGUGGACAAGGGAAAACAGCAAAACAUCGACACCCUUUUGGGUAGAUUGCCCCAUCAGCAAGUUGUUGAGCUAUAUGAUCCAAUCUGCGAAUAUGUCAAUGAACGGCUUUUGGAAUUGGAAGAUCAGUUCACCACCCAUUCCAAUAUAAAUUUACUUGUUGGUACGUUUAAUGUAAAUGGGAAUUCUAGAAGAGCGGAUUUAUCAGAAUGGUUAUUUCCAAUCGGCGAUAAAUUCAAACCUGAUGUUGUUGUAUUAGGGUUACAAGAGGUUAUUGAAUUGACGGCAGGAUCCAUCUUAAAUGCAGAUUACACAAAAAGCUCUUUUUGGGAGACUAUGGUUACUGACUGUUUGAAUCAGUACGAAGAGAAGUAUCUUCUACUGAGAGUGGAACAAAUGUCUUCCCUCUUAAUAUUAUUUUUUGUGAGAUCCGAUAUGGCUUAUAACGUGAAACAAGUAGGAGGGUCUACUAAAAAGACAGGUUUUGGUGGCAUCACUGGUAACAAAGGCGCAGUGGCUAUUAGAUUUGAUUACGGUGCAACAUCGUUCUGUUUUGUUAAUACGCAUUUAUCAGCCGGUGCCAGUAACAUUGACGAACGUCGUCAUGACUACAACAAUAUUUACAGGAAUAUAACUUUUCCAAGAUCUAAAACAAUACCUCAUCAUGAUGCAUUGUUUUGGUUAGGUGACCUGAAUUACAGAAUUACGUUGAUGAAUGAUGAAGUUAGGAGAGAACUGAAGGCUCAAAAAGAUGAUUAUAUUGGUAGGUUGCUUCAAUAUGAUCAAUUAACUCAAGAAAUAAAUGAAGGUGUAGUAUUUCAAGGAUUUAAAGAACCGACCGUUCAAUUUCGUCCCACGUAUAAGUACGACUACGGUACUGAUAAUUAUGAUACCUCCGAUAAGGCAAGAACGCCGUCCUGGACUGAUAGAAUCAUUUAUAAAGGUGAAAACUUACAUCCGCUAGCGUAUUCAGACGCACCUUUGAAAAUAAGUGAUCAUAAACCGGUCUAUGCUGCAUACAGAGCAAACGUGAAGUUUAUUAAUGAAGAUGACAAAUUCCAUUUAGUUGAGAAGCUAUAUGCAGAAUAUAAAAAUGCACAUCCCGAAGGAUUAAUUAACGGUUCUCAAAAGUCCUGUUAUUCAAAGCCGGAUAAUAUAAAGAAAAGCAUAGCUCUGGAAGCCACCGUUGAGGCAGCCGGUAUAAAACUAAUCGACCUCGAUGACACUUCUACAUGUGUUUCUCCUCCACUUGCCGUUCGUAGUUCACUUACGUCAAUUUUUGGUGGUGAAGGUCCUAGCAUUGACGCAUCCCUCGACCAAAGUAAGCAAAAUGUGCCGCCUCCGCCUCCUCCUUCUUCAAGACAUAAUAAGGAGGCUUCACCUAGGCCGACUAUAUCCGUGAAUGAGCUCUCUAUAAGCAGUGUAUCUCCGCACAAAAUUGGGAGUACUCUCACUGUCUUAGAGAGGCACAUCGCGCCCAAAUCACUGCCGCCUCCUCCUGUUUUAUCAAGGUCUACCUCUUCUUUGAAAAGCACAGCAUCAAUAGUGAGUCAAACAGGGACACCAGAGGUCAAAAAACUUGUCUCUCCUCCUUGUACGCCGAGCAGAAGGAAGAGCAGUACUACCCUGAAUGAAAGCUCCGUAUCUACUAAAAGUCUCCAUGUAUCUUCAAGGAUAGCUACUCCAAAAAAUGCAGUUGUUUCUCCAAAGGCCCCUACAAAGCCUGAGAAGCCACCAUUUCUCAAAAAGCCCGAAUAUCUAAGCGCUUUUGCUAGCAAGUCCGACAACACUCAAGAGCACUCAAUAGAAGCAACCCCUUUGAAUUCAAAACCUGAUGAGGAGCAUUCCCCAGAAAAAAAAUCUACACCAAAAGUACCUGCAAAAAAACCCGAGCUGGAGAAACUAAACGUAGAUUUGUGGAAUCCCCUGAAGCCCAACUAG